UGAGCUCAAUUAUCUCUUGCCAGCAGUUCUAGGCAUAAGGGAAUCUACCAUGGAACCAACUUGUGCUGCUUGUGCCAUGGAAUGGAGCAUCCAACUUGAGAAGGGCCUCCGUUCUAGUAAACCAGGUGUACCUGUCAAAACCAUAUUGAAAUUGGGGCCCCACCUUCAGCUAUGGAGUAGAGAGUUCGAGUCUGGUAUUGAUUCCAAUGCCAUAUUUGGCCUUGUUCCAGGAGAAGAUAGGCUGUUUGCCAAUGCCAUCCUCUUACACCUUGCUGAUGCCUUUAGAGGAGGUGACAAAGAAAUCAGGCUUUCUAUUGUCAGGGUUUUCUUGUUUGAACGAAAGCACCGUGAUAAUGGGAAACACAAGCAGUGUAAGGGCUUGCUAUCAAAGGCCAGAGUAGCUAACCACUUGGAGAUGUUGAAGAGAGUGAAAUCUGUCUUCCAAAAUGGAGAUUCAGAGUCCAAGGCACUGGCUUUGGUUCUGUUUGGUUGCUGGGCUGAUUUUGCCAAUGACAAUGCUCAAAUACGAUACUUGAUACUUUCCAGCCUCGUUUCAACUCAUGAUUGUGAGGUAAUAGCAUCAUUAUUUGCUGCUGGAUGCUUCUGUGAGAUAUCAGAUGAUUUUGCAUGUAUUACAUUGGAGAUGCUGUUUAACAUGGUGAAUACACCUGCAGUAUCUUGGCCUAUAAAGUUGGCUGCCGUACGAGUUUUUGCAAAAUUUAAGUGCUCAUAUUCAGUUGCGAGUAAAGCAUACAAGAUAGGUCUACAGUUGAUAUUAAAUUCUUCAAAUGAAGAUCUUUUGGUAGCUAUGCUAUUCUCACUUUCAAAACUGGCUUCUGUUUCUACAGUUCUAGCCUCCAAUGAGGUGGACUUUCUACUAUCAUUUGUCAAGCGAGAAGUAGCUUCACAUGUACAAGAAACAGCAUCAAAAUGCAUACAUUAUCUAUUAAAAAAUAAUCCUGCUCUAAAGCUUUGUUGUAAUGCGUCCUUUGAGCUCCCAGAUGGACAGACCCUACAACACCCACCCUCUGAAGAUCAAGCUUGGAAAGACGAUUGGAGAAAUGAUGAAAUAGUAGAACUGAAGAAUUUGUUUUCGGAUUUGGAAGCACCUUUAUAAAUAGGAAAAAUAUUAGUUCAAUUGUUUUAACAUGAAAUUUAAAUAUUUAAAUAUUUUUAUUUUUGUAUAUUUUAUCCAUGCGAGA